AGCUUGUGAUUGCUUCCAUUUAGGAAUUCCAAAGCACCACAACCAUAGGUUUCCUUACCACCUUGUUGUUCCAAGCUUGUCCAACUGAUAACAUGGAGAUCACCACCCUUGUGUUCCAUCUUCUCAUCUCCAUCCUCAUCAUCCAUGGUGUUAGCCUCUUCAUGCUCCUAAACAAAGCCAUAAUUUCAGUUGUAACACCUUUGCUGCCUGUACAAACAAGGGAGAGGCUUGCUUGGUGGCAUGACACUUUGUUUCACAGUCACAAGCCUGGUUUGCUUGACCCUUGUUCUGGUGUUCAGCUGAGGAUCUCAAAGUUUAAGAGUGGUUCAGAGGAUGAAGAGGAGGUGGAGUGUGUGGUUUGUUUGUGUGGAAUCAAAGAAGGAGAGGAGAUCAGGGAGCUUGUUUGCAGGCAUUUGUUUCACCGUGCUUGUUUGGAUAGAUGGUUGGAGCUUUGGCACUCUAGAUGUCCUCUUUGUAGGAGUUGUUUGAUCCCUUGUGAGACUAAGAAGAAGAAGGUUUCAGGGCUGGAGAGCUUGGAAAUGGAGGAUUUGGUUGCUUUUGUUCAUGAUUCUUCAUAGUUAGUAUAUACUCUUUGUGAUGUUGUGUAUCACUCC